AUGGCCGCAGCUCCUGCUUCUGCGACGCUCGCCAUCAGCAACUCUCCUCCGCCCGGGGACUCGCCCGCAAAGCCUGACGCCGCGACGGAGUCGUCCGCAACUCCCGGCCCCCAGUCUGAGACCCCGAUCCGCACCUCUAGUCAUGAUGUGACCGACGUCCCGGACGGAGCCUCCAUCCACACGACGGAUGGCCGCGUCAAGAACCCUGUGCCCAGCAAGCUCAAGGGCAAGGCCGACAACAAGAACGGCAACUUUGGCGUCAUGCACAUCGACAUAAAUAGCUCACAGGCCGCCCUUCGAAACGCUGCCGCAAAGCGUACAAGCGAGGAGACGGAGGCUGCGGCGAGGCUGGCCAACAUGCGCGGCUACCAGUCCAUCAAACGCAGCAAGCUGGCUUGGAUCCCACCGUCUGAAUCGGAUCCGCGCUCCUCCGCCCCGGCCUACGGGGCUACACAGAAUGGCUACCUGAACACCGCCUACCCUCUGCCUGCCCGUGCUCUUGGGCCCUUGCCGCACGAGGCCAAGGCGGAGCAGGCCCGUCUUCUCACGCUGCUACGCAGCUUGAAUCCCCUCGUCGUCGUGGAUCAGCUAUGCAAGGCAUUGGCCUACUUUGGGGGCAUUCCCGGGGCUCCUUCUUCCCACGACUGUGUCUUCCCAGAGAGCCAACGCAACAAUGGUCAGGGAUCCAUCUUCGUCGGCUGGGUGGCCGAGAUAUUCCCUCCUGUCGAAGGAAACCCUACGGCAAUAGCGCCGCACCCCUCGCUCCAGAGCGCCGAGAUUGUCUCUGCUGCCGCGGCCGCCGUCGCUGUCGCCUCUUCAGAUAUGCCCGCUUCGUCUCAGCCUUCGACCCUGUCCCAUCCCGCCACCGCCCCUCCCGCUCAACCCACCUCCACAGAUCCUGCAGCAGGAGCUUCCAAACCCCCGGAAGCGCAGAAUGCCCCCGCUGCGACUCCCGUCAAGAGACCGAGAGGACGGCCAAAGGGGAGCAAGAGCUCCAAACCUCGGAUCGACAAAGGCAUCAAAAAGUCGGAUUUGGCGCACCACCAUGCGUCCAGCCAGGCGGACGGGCAUGGCUCACACAAUGCGCUCAACCUGUCCCAGAACGAACCGGGAUCCAGCGAGCAGCGAAAUGGGUUGCCUAAUCCGGCAUUUCCUGGUGAUAUCUCAGCGCAUCUCGACCCCGACUCCAGCAUCGUAAGCACUCCGGGGACAGGCAAGAAGAGGGGUCGACCGAAGGGGUCCAAGAAUCGGCCAAAGAACACUCCAGAUGCAAGCCAAGCGGCGGCGGCCACGGACGCUCCUCAGAAUCUGCUACCCGCACCGGCAACCUCCAAUGCAAUCGCGCCCUCGCCUUUAUCGCACAAGUCAACGGGAAGUAUGAAUAACAUCUCGUCGUUUGCAAAUACAAUGCCACCCAGGGCGGAUCAGCAUCAGCAGCAGAACCCCUCGCCGACGAUGCAAGAGGGUGCAGCUGUGCAGCACGGCGGACACAUGGGUGUGCGGAAUCCUCAGACGAGCCAAACAGCGAGCAUUCCGGCUGUCAGCAGCUGGGCCGGCUCGGGAAUGCAGUCUCUGGACCAGUAUCGCUCGGCCAACAACCACUCGCAUCCGAAGAAGAGGAAAGUCGGCGACCCAGCGCAGGUGGCUAGGGAUUCCUUGUCGGCAAUCACAGCCCCCGAUGCCUCCUCACAGAUGCGCCACGGCGAUGAAGCAUCGUUGCAGAUGGCUACCGCUGAUUCGGCCACCAUGAAGCGCCGGCGGGUGUCGCGAGAGUCGCUCCAGAACCCCAUAUUUAGCAAUAUCGACACUCAGUCCGGUCGAGUGGGCAUGAACACGUCGCCAAUACUUAACAACAGCUACAACAGCAUCUCCCAGGCCAUGGCCACCAAUAAUUUUGACAGUCAGCUGGCCAGUGCUGCGGUUAGGAAAGCCUCGACUCAGCAGCAUCUGCAACAGCAGCAGCAGCAGCAUCACCCCCAGCGGUCACCAACACAGGCCCAAGGCCAGAAUGUCGGCCAGUCGCUCCAAAACCAGCAACAGCCGCAGCAAUUCACGUCACAGCGGCCACAGCAGCAGAAUCAGGGGAUGCGCCCACCACAGCUUCAGCAAGGAGGACACAUGCCGCCGGGGUCUUCGAGACCUAGGCCGGGCCAGAUGUACGGCAACAGCCCUACAGGUAUAACCUCGCAAGGGUUCUACGCCCAGACAAGGCAAUUGCCAGGACAGCUAGGGCACGUCGCCGGCGGCGGUGGCGGCGGCAGCUUUGCUAGAGGCGCGGGCAGCGGUCAGGCGGCUCAGUUCGGGCCCUCGAGCAUGGCGAGGCAGAGCUCCGACGACCGCGCCGUCAAUCUGUCGCAGCAAGCGGCUCUAGCCGUCUCGCGCAGCCAGGCGGGCCAGCAGCAGACGCCCACGGCUCGCCACCCGUCUUCGGGCUUCACCAACGGCCAGCAGGUCUCCGCGACAUCGACAUCGGCAUCAGUGCCGACCACAUCGAGCCUGAGCCAGUUUCAGAACUUUGGAGAGCACAGCUACCUCGACAUGGACUACGGGCUGAACGAGCGCGACGUCCAGGACGCCGCUGCGGCGUUUGGCGACUCGACGCAGCUCGAGGCGGCGCUGGCAGAUGGGAACAUGAGAGAGAGGCUUUACCAGGCCAUGACCAACCGCCAAUAG